UUGUUUUAGGUAUGCGCGGGCACUUCAGUCCUUGCGCAGGCUAGGAUGGAAUGCGACGUAUCAAAGGAGCAUCAGCGGAGACGACUGCAAAAAAACCAACAGGCGGCUAGGCCAUGGUCUUGGAGCUCUAGGGCAAAAGCUUGAGAUGCGCAGGGAUGUCAGACAUGUGUCGAGCGGCCUGUGAUGCUGAUUCGCGCUCUCCAUGCUUGCCAACUGCAUCGCAACGCAGUAGCUACGUUGGGCAUGAGAUUCACGCGUUCCAUUCGUCGUGUUUGAUGGCUGCAUUUGCGAGGCUGUUUGUUGACCCGUCCACGCCCCCUCGCCAUGUUCGGCCACCCCCUUGUCUUGGGAGGACUGCCAGUGAUCGUCCGAGAGGACAGGUCUGGGCCGCCCCGCGUGUCCACAGUGAGUGUCGGCGGCAUUUGCCUGGGUGCCAUCUUGCAGGACGGCACGUUCUUGGGGUCGCUGGCCGCGCCCUUCCCCGGUGCCGCCCACCCGCUUCUGGUGAGAGCCCCACGAGACCACUCUUUGAAUCUGGAGCUCUACCACGAGACCAGUGAGGAGGCGGCUGAGAGGAUUUUGAGCUCGCAGCGCAUGCUCCGGGGCCAAGGCGGUCUGGCUGGCGGGGGCAUCUACUUCGCAGAGAGCCCGGCUGAGGCCCGCAGGAAGGCAAAUCAGCGUGGGGCGAUGCUGAAGGCCACUGUGCGUGUGGGUCGCAUGAAGGUGGUUCAGCGCCAAGGGAGCACCACCUUCACACAGCUCGUGUCCGAGGGCUACGACUCCGUGAAGAUUCUUGGUCGUGACUCUGGCACCGAGUAUGUCGUGUACAACUGCGCCCAGGUCACCAACAUCCGCCGAGUUUAAGCCCGGCGCAUGUACAGCCCUAGCCCCGGGCACCGAUUUUAGCCCUCCUCCCCUGCAGGCGUGUAGCUUGCAGCGGCUGAGCGCUUGGGUGCUGACUUUCAAGCGUGCGGCUUGACGGAGUUUCAGCAUCAAGGUGUGUACUGAAUGUGUACUGAAUGUGUACUGAGUGUGUACUGAGCAGAUUCAAAGUAAAGAUGCCCUGAAGGUCAUCCCAAGCAUUGGGCGUUCGCCCGCUGAAUUUUGAGCAAUUGGACAGGACCAACCCUGGCGGCCAACGCGGCCGCCGGGUAGGCAAGGUUGCUCAGUGCAUUGAGAGCAGGUUACUCCGCGCAGAGGAUUCAUUCUGGGAAUGCUAGCCUUGCGCAAAUCCACAAGUAUCCUGCUUGCCAAGGGCCAUACCAACUCCCGAAAUGUGAGCCGCGCAGAAAGGGCGACCAGAUUGAGCUCCUGUGUGGAACGCAGCGCAUUCGUGCACCCCUUCAACUAGUUGCGUUGCAGGCUUUCGAGUUGUUGUUUGCCCGGAACAUGCGCCUAGGCGUUUGAGUGGUCAGACCGUGACCGGUGAAGGCCUUCGCCAGGGAGCAAAGG